AUGGACCAAUUAGAUGCGCCGAUUCCGCUCGAAAUAGGGUACUACGACCCGUUCUCGCUUUACGCGCACCUCAAGAAAGACCUUGAGACCAUCACACGGAUUGAUAAGCUCCAUUGGAAGCCAGGUCCCGCCAGCUCGGUGCGCACCCUCAGUAAUAUAAAACUCAACUACGUCCAGUCCACAGACAAUAAAUAUCUCAAUUUCAUUUUCAUCAGCAGCACCAGCAUAGACGAGUACCGCGCGCGAGUGCGGCCUGUGGUCAAACAAUGGCUCAACAACGUCAAGUCGGCCAAGCCGACGUCUGUCUACUUCAUAAUUUUAUACGAGAACACCUCGCACGUUUCGAGGGCAGAAAAACUGCUCAAAACUAACCUGCUGAACAAGCUGAAAACGGACUUUGUCGACGAAAUGCUCACUUUCGACAACAUUUUCAAAAUCAAGUCAAGUUACCCGUCUGCGGUCGAGAAGAGGGAAGCCUGGGCCGGCCUGGCCAAUUCGGUGAAAAUAGGGCUUGUCGAGUCAAUUGGCCAUCGACUCGCGUACUAUCGUUCGCGCGACACGCUAGACAGCAUGAACGAACUUGCCCAUCUAUUUAUGAGCAUUGGACAGUUGGAGGACGCGCUGUAUUGUUACAAGGAUAUGUUUGCAAAAGUUGAUAAACUAGACCUCGACGAGGGGAUUGAAAGCUGUUCAUUUAAGGACCUGCCACUUGCCGACAGCGCGCCAGACAUUGAUUACAAGUCCAGGUUUAAGCUCAAGGCAUUUUUCUACAAGCAGUCGGUGACCAUUUUGCGCAAAACCGCGACAAGCGAGGCUCUCAUGAUUCGUACCCAGAUGGAAUGGAUGCAGGUGCUCUCGCGUUUUAUUGAGUCGCUCGACGAGAGCUACAAGAAGAACGAGAUAGCGGUGGUUUUAAUCACCGACUUUCUUAACAACGCACAGCUCCAGAAGCUACUGGGCGGUGCCGAGCGAGACCUGGCCGAGCUGUACGAGAAACUGGGUGACAUCCGCAUUUUGAGACGCAACGAGCUGAUAAAACUCGCGCAUUGCAAGGGUUACGUGCUUGCUGGUUCUUUGGUGGACAUUCCGAUGCAUUCUGAGAAAUACGAGCCGUUAGACGACGCCGUAAAGAGCAUCCUAGAGUCAGAAAGCAAGUUCCAGGAGUACGCCAUAGACGAGACGAAAAAAGUGAUCGAAGAAUAUUCUAAAGCACAGUCGCGGCCGCGCACCGUCGACACGUUAUCGACCGAGCUGGCACUAAUAUACUUCCACAACAUGAAGAAGCUGGAAACGUCUCUGGAAAUUUUGAACGACUCGUUCACCUACUUCAAAAACUCCGAAUGGAAGUACAUUACACUGGGCAUCCUGAAGAUAUUCAUCGCCAAUCUUGAGCAGUUGAGUGCAACGUACGAGGAUGUGCUCCCCGUGCUGUUGACUUCGUAUUUGGAGCUUGUCGCCAAAGACGAGCCGUUUGAAUCCGACAAGCUGUCCAAGAUCCUCGACAACCUGACCGACCCGGUGGUUUUUGAGUCCACCGACCUGUUUGAGUGCGACCUUGCUCCCUGCAUUGACCCGGCCGGCGUCGAUACGUACGAGCUGGGAGUGCGGAUCACCAGCAAAAUCGUGCUGCCCGUGGACGAGAUUGUGGUGAAUUUCGAAAACACGCAGUUCCGGCUUGGCAGCUGCUGUCUGGAGAAGCACAACAAUUAUAAGUUGGAGUCAAAGGACCUGGUGUGUGGCGAUUUGGAAGCUCGCAGCAUCGUGGUACGGUCUGGCAAGCUGGAAAUACGCAAAACACUCGACUCGCGUAUUUUUGCAUACCCCAUUGAGCAGUUCUACAAAAACGGUCAAGUUCUUCAAAACACCGUCAUAGAUGCCGUUGUUCCACGAGUUAGAGACCUCAAUAGGGACGAAAUUAUGCUCGUCGCCAGAGUUGGCUCUGAGCAGCUCCCGCGUUGCGAGUUUGUGUUCCACAAGACAGAUAUCGACCGAAUGGUACCCAAGGCAGAGUAUGUGGUUGAGAGCAACGGAAAGAUUGUUGAAACGGAGGUGGAAAAUGACGUGGAUCAGCUGGUGUUUAAGUGCAACUGCUCGUUUUCUCCCGGCUCGACAGUGACGGUGCGAAUUCCGUACUUUUUCCCGCCAGAGGUGUCAAAUACGAUCGUCCCCUUGUCCUUUGGGCUGGUCUUUGGCGACCAUUCUGUGUACGUGACCAAAUACCUGGACACCCAGCUCCAGAUCGCCGUCUCUGUGCAGGACAUCUUCAAAUCGGCGCAGCUUUUCUCUAAUUAUUCCAUCAACUCGCCGAUCCACAACCGCCCUGUCAGGGUUCAGAAGGUGGAUCUCACGUCGCAGAACUCGAAGGUGGUCACGUGGAAGCAGCCGCGCAACAUCAUUGCAUUCAACGACCAGGGAACGACCUUUUUCUACAAGAUCGAGAGUCUUAGCGAUGAGAGUCUGAACCUGCAGAUUGACUACAAUGACAUUGAGGACGAGAUAGUUGUUGGACUUGAGAAAAUGUUGGAAAAACAGAUUUUGAGCGAGGAGCCGGAACUAAUCAAAUACUCGAAUAUUUUGCGCACAUUUUUCAGAGCACAGAAACCAAAGCUCAACCAUUACUCUUUGACGAAUUGCAUCAAAACUGACCCGUUUGAGACCAGACACCACCAGAAAGUCCUCUCGCAAUUGCAUCCUGCCGACGCCCAGAGUCUUGCCGACAGGCUGCGGGGCUUCUUUGGCCGCAGCUACGAUAUUUCUCCCGAUCUGCAACAAGAGUUCAUUUCCGCGGCUUGGAAACAGUUGAACAUAGUGGUUACGCUCCCUGUGAUCAACACAAUUAACAUUGUCGAGUUCCGGUUUGCCAAGCAGCUGCAGUAUCUAGUGUGCGAACCGAUUCACACACGCUUGUCGCUCCACGUUAUCCUGUUCAAGUUGGAAGAAAAGGAGAACAAAAAAGUGCGGUUCCAGAACGAGCCGGAAAUCCCAAAGAACAUCAACCUCAAGCUGGAUCUUGUGGAAAACGAGAACAACUGGCUUAUCGCAGGACUGAAAAACUUUGACCUCGAACUGGACCUCCAGAACGACAAAAGUGCCGCCUACGAGUUUGAUCUUGUUCUCACGCCGCUGCGUGUGGGUAAACUGGAACUGCCGCGGGUCGAAAUCAGAAACAAGUCUGACUUCCAGAUCCAGAUGGAGCUCGACUACAAAAAUAGCUCCGAGAACCUAUUGGUAGUCUCUGAACUCAAUAAGGUGACGUAUUCAUUCUAA